AUGCAUUCAAGUAACAAUGAAACAACCCACGAAUUCCCACCAUACUUCAAAGUCUACAAAGAUGGUCGUGUUGAAAGGUACAUGGCCCCAGACACCGGAGGUAACCACCUUGCACCCGCAGGCCUAGACUCCAAAACCGGGGUCCAAACCAAAGACGUUGUCGUUUUGCCCGAAUCAGGUGUAUCAGCUAGACUCUUCAUCCCCAAAAUCAACAGCCCAGAUCAAAAGUUCCCUCUAGUUGUUCACGACCAUGGUGGGGGCUUCUGCCUUGGAUCACCUUUCAUGAAACCCUUUCACAACUUCCUUGUUUCCUUAGCCUCAGAAGCCAAUGUGGUCGUUAUUUCCGUUGACUAUAGGCUAGCCCCAGAGCAUGCUCUACUAGUUGCACAUGAAGAUUCUUGGGCUGCGAUGCAGUGGAUUUCAACCCACUCAAAUGGGCAAGGACUCGAACCUUGGUUGAACCAGUAUGCGGAUUUCGGUAUCGGGUUCAAAGAUCUGUUAUUGUACUCGGAAGCGGAUCCGAAUUUGUCAAAGAUGGCAGGUAAGAAAGUGCUGGUUUGUGUGGCGGAGAAAGAUCGGCUAAAAGAUAGAGGUUUGGGUUAUUGUGAAACAUUGAGAAAGAGUGGUUGGAAUGGUAGUGUGGGAUAUUUUGAGAGUGAAGGAGAGGGACAUGGGUUUUUUCUGUUGAAUCCAAGUAGCGACAAGGUGGAGCCACUGAUCAAAGCCAUGGUUGAUUUCAUAAAUCAGAACUAA